GAUAUGUCAUAUAGAAAUCUCAUCAAGUGCAUCAAGUUAUCACAAAACAAGUUAAUCUUCCCCGCAGAUUACGCUUUUAAAAAGUUUACGAGUUUCCCAUAAACAAUGUCAUCUGCCGCCGAUCAGUCCGAGGCGGAAAGUGUCGUCGUUGAAGAGCUGGACGAGUUACAGCUGGACCCGCAGGAACUAUCCCAAUUCGUGGAAGCCAAUGCAAUUCCCCUGCCGGGUGAACCGGGUGCUUCCAUCAUAUUUCCGCCGCGGCCCCGGAGAACACGCAGAUCCACGGUCGCAUCCACAUCGUCAGCUCCCUCAGAGUCGGAAACGGAUGAUGAAAACCCGCAGCAGAACGAAAUCUUGAUAAAGAAGUUUGUCGCCGGUGAGAUCAGCUAUGCCGAAUAUCAGGCCCGUAUGCAGCAGGGCGGAGAAAUAGACUUGGAGGAAGAAGAAUUGGCGGCACGGCGGAAGUCGGCCAAAAAGUCUUCGCGAUUCGAAAAAGAUUUGAAAGUUCAGCGGAAGGAUGCGUUGAGAGGAAAUUUACAAGGUCCUACUACCGUUAAGGUCGACGGCAAGACUUCGAUGAAACGACACCGAAGAUUUUUACCCCCCGCUUUGCAGGGAUUGAUGGGACAAGCCAAUCUUUGCUAUGCCCGUGGAGACACGGAGAUGGCUAAAAAGUUAUGUUUGGAGAUUGUGCGGCAAAUGCCGUUAGCGCACGAGCCGUUCGUCACGUUAGCUCAAAUAUACGAAACGGAAGAUCCGGAAAAGUUCGUACAGUUUUCGUUGAUUGCGGCCCAUCUGAAUCCCUCAGACGUCGAACAGUGGGUUCGCAUUGCGGAAAUAUCCGAGGAGCGAGGUAAUUUAAGCCAGGCGUUGAUGUGCUACGCCCGAGCCAUCAAAUCAGAUCCGAAGAAUUUCGAUCUGCGAAUGAAACGUGUUCAGUUGUUGGAGAAGAAGGGCGAAGAGAAGCAGGCUUUCAAGUGCUACUUUGCCAUGCUGCCGUACAUUCCAAAGGAGCGGGGAGAGUUUCUGGUGGAAACAGCCAAGAGGCUGGCCAAGAAGUUUCAUGAGGAGAGCAAUUUGGCUGCAGCUAUGGACGCCAUGGAUCGUGCUUAUGGAACAGUUCCGGAGUUGUUCAGUGUGGAAGACAUCAAUCUCUUGUUGGAGUUACUGAUCACAACCGGGUACUAUCGAAGGGCUUUGGACGUUCUAAUGGCGCAUACAAACGUAGAGGUUCAUGAGAUGGUUAACGAGGGAGAAGAAAGUAAUUCCAAUGCUAACAGAGCGAUUUAUACUGUGGUCAUUCCGAAUAACAUGGUUCUGGAUUUCCGUACAAAAUUGGCGGUGGUCCUGGUGCACCUGAAAUGCGAACACCUGUUUGACAUGAUUGUGGAGAACAUAUUUUCCAACAUCAAUGUGGAGGAGGCUGGGGAUUGUUAUCUGGAUGUUGCGGAAUCGAUGAUGAAAGAGCUGCACUAUCAUUAUGCGUUGAAGCUUUUGGUCCCGUUGAUCAAAAGUGAAAAUUUUUCGCUGGCGGCCGUUUGGUUGCGCUAUGCAGAUUGUUUGCGGGCGAUCGGCAACUAUAAUGAGGCUAUCAUUGCUUAUAAAAAGGUUGUUUCGCUAGCACAACAUUUGGACGCUCGUCUGACCUUAUCAGCGCUUCUCAAACAGCAGGGCAAAUACGAUGAAGCAUUGGAGGCACUCGAGCAGGAUCCCGAGAGUGAAAUCCUAGACGCUGAGCUGCUGUACGAGCGUUGCCUAAUGCUGGAAGAGGUCGGACGAUACGAUGAAUUUCUGUCAUCUGGUUUUAUGCUGUUGAUGCGCCAUUGCGUCCCGCUAAGGAGCCGUCUGGAAAUGGGUGCAGCCAUCUCGGUGCCACGUUACUUCGAAAUGCUGAAAACCAUUGCCGAUAUCAAACAUUCGCGGCAGGAUACUACCGAAGAACAUUUUCCGGAAUUUUCCCGCUCGGAAAACGAGCCAUCGGUGGAGAUGGAAUGGGAGUUGGUUAUGAGCCUUCUCCAGGCAGCCGAUUACAUCAAGAACUACGCCUUCUUUCAAAAGCUUGUUUUCACUCUGUGCACCGCCAAGCGAUUUCAAGUAUAUAAAUAUGAGCUCCAAGUAUUGGCCCUCCUUGGUUGCUUGUACAAUCGGGAUCCGAUGUUUGCCUAUAAUCUUAUUCGAGAACGAGUCAAUAAGGAAGAAAACCUAAACAAGCCUCGCCUGUGGAAUCUGUUUAACCUGGUCAUUCUGGUAACAGGAGACAUCCGUUAUAACCGUUAUCUCAUGCGACUGUUUGAACGAACCGCAGUGGACCCCAAUGUCCGAGUCCUGCAAGCCAACUACCACCUUAAUGCGGGAACCUACAAGUACGCCCUGAACGACUACAGCAAGGUGUACAUGAAAACCGGGGACCCCAUCCACGCAAUGCUGAUUGGCGUAACGUUGACGCAGAUUGCGUGCCAAAAGUUCUCCAACAAGAAGCAGGCACUUGCUUCCCAGGCGAUUGGUUUUAUGGAAAAGUACCGCAAGGGCAGGCCUGGUGAACUGGCCAACGAGAUCCAUUACAACAUCGGACGAAUGUACCAUCAGCUAGGAAUGCACAGCUUGGCGGUUGAGCACUACAAGAAAGCGUUGGAGUUUACGAAUCAGCUAAUUGAGGAGAAUGCCAUUUAUCUGGAUCUGCGAGCUGAAAUUGCUUUCAAUCUUAGCAGUAUCUAUAGGAGUAAUAAUAACUUCGAACUGGCGAGGAAGUAUUUGUAUGAAUACAUUGAAAUUUAAUUUAUAAGAGGUAAGUAAGUUUAAAUACAUGACUGAUAUUAUCAAUUUAAA